AUGCUUUGUGGGGAACGUCACGAGUAUAACACAAGUAUAUUUGACUCUUUGAGAGAGCUAGUGUCGAACGGCCUGAAUUUCUUGCUGGAUGAGUCGUUGGUAGAGGAGACGUUGUUGCAGCAGCAGGAUGACCUUGGAACUCUUAUAAUACCACCCAUGGACGACGGCCCAGAUAACCUGUUCUUCGUGGGUCUCAUAUGGUUCAUAAUCGGGCUGUUGUGCGCCUUGGUACUAGCUACAAUUACCAUCAUAUUAGUCUCUAGAAGCAGCAGCGACCAAAGUGUAAGAAACAAAGCUUGCGAAGACUUGGAGGCACUCGAUCUGGACAGCAGCGAUGACGAUGAGCUCAUAGAACAGGAAAAACUAGUAUAUGAACUGAUGCAGGCAUCCUAA